AUGGCUAUGAAGAAAGUUAAUACUACUGUGACUGAAUUUGUUCUCUUGGGUUUUUCUCAGAGUACAAAGAUGCAGCUCGUCCUCUUUUCCAUCUUUCUUACUCUAUAUAUCAUAACCUGGCUUGGAAAUCUUGCUAUUAUCUUGACCGUGAUUUCCACACAUAGCCUUCACGUGCCCAUGUACUUCUUCUUGGCUAACCUGGCUGUGAUAGACAUCAGUGACUGCACAGUUACAGCACUAAAAAUGCUAUGGGACCUCAUCUCUCAUACAAAUUCCAUCUCUUACAACUGGUGUAUUACCCAGGUAUUCUUUUUUCACUGCACUGGAGGUGCUGUGGUUUUCUUCCUAGUUGUAAUGGCUAUUGACAGAUACAUAGCCAUCUACAAACCUUUGCAAUAUUUGCUCAUUAUGAAUCCAGGAGUUUGCACAGGUUUAGUGGCAGGAGCUUGGCUGGGUGGUUUUGCUCACUCUAUUGUCCAGGUAGCCUUAAUCAUUCAGCUACCCUUUUGUGGCCCCAACAUAUUGGACAACUUUUACUGUGAUGUUCCACAAGUAAUCAAACUGGCUUGUACUGAUACAUACAUUAUAGAGUUGCUGAUGGCUUCUAAUAGUGGGCUGCUACUCACACUGAUUUUCUGCAUCUUAUUUGGGUCAUAUAUUGUCAUUCUGGUGAAGAUUAGAAUGCAUGUCACCGAAAGAAAGCGCAAAGCUUUCUCUACGUGUUUGGCACAAAUCAUAGUCAUGAGCUUACAUUUUAUUCCUGCCAUGUUCAUUUAUGAUCGCCCUUUCCAAAUUUCUCCAGGAGACAAAAUCACUUCUCUUUUGUAUACUGCUAUCACUCCAGUGCUAAACCCAAUAAUUUUCACACUGAGAAAUACAGAAAUGAAAAAGAGUAUCAGAAAAUUGAUUGGAAGGAUGAUGUCAUCCAAAACAAUUCAGUCAGAAUAA